CUCCCACGUUGGGAGGGGCCAGUGCCAGACACAGCAGGGGCUGGUCUGCUGGAGAGAUCAUCUGACUGGCUGCUCAGCCUGGGCUGCACUCGCCCUCCUCUCCUCUACCAGGCCACACAGGAGCUGGUGCCCACACAGGGACGCCACCAGGCUGAGAUGACACACCUCGCCUCGCUCCUAGCGCCUCUGGGCACCCAUGUACCCGCAAGAACACACACUCACAGCUCAGAGAUUGCACCCACUGACCUCAAGAGCCCAGCCGGAAACUCCAAGGGUGAAGGGCAGGCAGCAGCCCAUUGCACCAUGUCUGUGACCAGUGGGAAGACUGGACCAUCCCUGACCCAGGAGAUCCUCAGCCACCUGGGCCUUGCCAGCAAGACUGCAGCUUGGGGGACCCUGGGCACCCUCAGGACAUUCUUGAGUUUCAGUGCAGACAAGGAUGUGCAGAGGCUGCUGAGGGCCAUUGCAGGCCAAGGCGUGGACCGCAGUGCCAUUGUGGACGUGCUGACCAAUCGGAGCAGAGAGCAAAGGCAGCUCAUCUCUCGAGGCUUCCAGGAGCGCACCCAACAGGACCUGCUGCAGUCCCUGCAGGCAGCCCUCUCCGGCUCCCUCGAGAGGAUUGUGGUGGCUCUGCUGCAGCCUGCAGCCCGUUUCGAUGCCCAGCAAUUGAGGACAGCCUUGAAGGACUCAAGUUCUGCUGAGGAUGUGGCCAUGGAAAUUCUUGCCACCCGAACCCCACCCCAGCUGCAAGAGUGCCUGGCCUUCUACAAACACGGUAGAACGUGGAGGGCGUGGGCUCCAAGAGCUGAAAGGGGAUCCACAGGACAGUCCUCUCCUCUUGCACUCCCUACAGGCGAGCCCUCUGGGAGCCUGUCUGCCCAAGCUCUGUUCCCUUGGAGUCUCCCACCCAACUGCCCCAAACCCCACCCUCCUGCCAGUAGAGCUCAGUCUCCCCAGGGGAGAGAGCCAGAUGUGGUCAUUAAAGAAAGAGAAGCAGUGAUUAACCAUCUUAGUCUGGGGCUCCGGGGAAGAUUCCGAAGUAAUGACAAUGUUGGGCAUUGUGACAGUCCCACUGGUACCAUGGCAUCUUCCCAGCCCCUUGCUGAUUCUGCCAUCACACCACAUCCCGGGCUGAAUGGAACCUUGCUGCAGCCAAGGGGAAAGGUGGGGACCUGCUCAAUAAGUGAUUUCCAGAUGGAGGCCGAGGAGGACAUCAAAUCUAAAACCAGUGGCAUCUUGCAGGACCUGCUCCUGGCCCUGGCCAAGGGGCGCCGUGAGAGCUACUGUGGAAUCAUUGACUAUAACCUGGCAGAACAGGAUGUCCAGGCAUUAAAGCGGGCUGAAGGACCCACCACAAAGGGGACGUGGGUCCUCGUCUUCACCCAGAGAAAUCCUGAGCACCUCGUCCGAGUGUUCCAUCAGUACCAGCGGGACACGGGGCACGAGCUGGAGAAGACUGUCCGGCAUCGUUUCCACAGGGAUGCGCAGGGGCCUCUGCUCAGCCUAGCCUCAGUGAUCAGGAACACACCGCUGUACUUUGCUGAUAAACUUCACCGAGCCCUCCAGGAAACUGAGCCCAAUUACCAAGUCCUGAUGCGUAUCCUUGUCUCUCGAAGUGAGACUGACCUUCUAAGCAUCCGAGCUGAGUUCAAAAAGAAAUUUGGGAAGUCCCUCUACUCUUCCCUCCAGGAUGCAGUGAAAGGGGACUGCCGGUCAGCCCUACUAGCCCUAUGCAGGGCUGAAGACAUUUGAGGCCUCCCUGCCCCCUAUCGCCACAUGACAUUCAAGGAUCUGAGCUUCCCGUGUUUGGCUGAGCCUGCAGGAGACCAGCUGGGCCUCCAAAUAGGAUAACCCCUCACUGAGCACCACAUGCUCCAGCUUCUUGUUGAGGCUGGAACUCAAAGUUUCUUUUCAAUCCCUUAAUUUCCCUCAUCUCAAAGUGAUGUCUGCACCUGGUCCCCUAGCUGUCUUGGGUGUGGAGUAAUGGGAUCUCUUUGGUGUCUCUGCCCUAGUCAUCCUUCCCGUAACCUGGCCAGAACAUCUCACUGAUACUUGAAUUCUUUUGGCAAACUUCAC